GUACUUUCACGUUUUACUGAGUCUCUUUCCGUAUUUAAAGUUAGCAUCAUUAGCCACCCAUUUUGACGAAGCACAAACUAUUUAACAUGAUGAAUAAGAUAACAUGUCCACAUGCCCCAUGCAUCCCCUGCUAUAAAAGUGAAACUCAGCAUUGUGAACUAAACACACCAACACAUCCAUUCAUUGUCUUAAUGUUAGCAAUGUCUUCCUCUUUCUCCAUCCAUUUCUUCCUCCUCCUCUCAAUAGCCCUUUUCUCAGUUUGUUGCUUAGCAGCAUCUCAAGCUCCCACCACCAAAUCACACCCCUAUAUCCUUCCCAUUAAGAAAGACCCCGCAACAAAUUUGUACUACACUUCAGUUGGCAUUGGAACUCCUAGGCACAACUUUGAUUUAGUCAUUGAUCUUUCUGGUGAAAACUUAUGGUACGAUUGUGACACUCAUUACAACUCAUCAUCCUACAGACCUAUAGCUUGUGGCUCAAAGCAAUGCCCCGAAAUUGGAUGUGUUGGUUGCAAUGGCCCCUUCAAACCAGGUUGCACAAACAAUACAUGCCCUGCUAAUGUAAUCAACCAAUUAGCCAAAUUCAUUUACAGUGGUGGCUUAGGUGAGGAUUUCAUAUUCAUUCGUCAAAACAAAGUGUCUGGUUUGCUUUCUAGUUGUAUUGACACCGAUGCAUUCCCAUCAUUCUCCGACGAUGAGUUACCUCUAUUUGGCUUACCCAAUAACACCAAAGGAAUCAUAGGCCUUUCAAAGUCACAACUUGCAUUACCAAUUCAGCUUGCAUCGGCAAAUAAGGUUCCUUCAAAGUUCAGUCUUUGUUUGCCUUCUUUAAACAACCAAGGUUUCACUAACUUGCUCGUUAGAGCUGGAGAAGAACAUCCUCAGGGAAUAUCCAAAUUUCUCAAAACCACUCCGCUAAUUGUCAACAACGUUUCCACAGGUGCCAUAUCCGUGGAGGGUGUUCCUUCAAAGGAAUACUUCAUUGAUGUGAAAGCUGUUCAGAUUGAUGGAAAUGUUGUGAACUUAAAGCCUUCCCUUUUAGCUAUUGACAACAAGGGAAAUGGGGGAACCAAACUCAGCACCAUGAGUCCUUUCACUGAAUUACAAACAACUGUCUAUAAGACUUUCAUUCGAGAUUUCAUCAAGAAGGCUUCGGACAGAAGAUUAAAGAGGGUGGCAUCAGUGGCACCAUUUGAGGCAUGUUAUGAUUCAACCACCAUUAGAAAUUCCUCAACUGGACUAGUUGUGCCAACUAUUGAUCUAGUGCUGCGAGGUGGAGUGCAGUGGACUAUUUAUGGAGCCAAUUCAAUGGUUAUGGCAAAGAAAAAUGUAGCAUGUCUUGCAAUUGUUGAUGGAGGGACAGAGCCUAGAAUGUCGUUCGUUAAAGCUUCAAUUGUUAUCGGUGGAUAUCAGUUGGAGGACAAUCUUUUGGAGUUUGAUGUGGCUUCCUCCAAAUUAAGCUUCAGCUCAUCGCUGUUGCUCCACAAUGCCACAUGUUCACGUACUUGAAUGUCAUAGCCUUAUAGCCUUAUUACGUGUUGAAAUUAGCCACUUUCAAUUAUCUAGUAGCUUCUAUAUCUUUCAAUAUUAAUAUUAUAUAAUAAAAUAUUUAAUUAAGUUUGCUAUGUUGUAAGCAAAAACACAUCCGUGUUUCAUUUGUAGUAGUAGCAUUUAUUUUUAUGCUUGACGGGACUGUGAUCCCAAAGUAUGAUAAUUUUUGUGACAUGUGUAAAUAAUAUCUUCAAGAGUUCAUGCCCGCAAAAA